AUCACCUAUUGUGGACCGACACUUAGGCAGCCACGACUAAGAAUAAGGAGUAGUAGACCAUGUGGUUAUCUUGUUAUUUUAAUUUUCUUUAUGCAUAAUUUAAACAUAUAAGUAUUUCAUCAAUUUCAUUUAAUUUCGAAUUAUAAACAAUGCCGAAAAUUCGUACGCAAGUUAAUUGUCGCGUUCAUACAGAAGUGGCAAGACAAGGAAUCUUAUUUAAUAAGGAUAAGGGUCAGCAUAUAUUGAAAAAUCCUUUAAUUAUUCAAAGUAUAGUUGAAAAAGCUGCCAUUAGGUCAACUGAUGUUGUAUUGGAGAUCGGUCCUGGUACAGGUAAUAUGACUGUGAAAAUGCUGGAGAAAGCAAAGAAAGUAAUAGCAUGUGAAAUUGAUUUGAGAAUGGUAGCAGAAUUACAGAAGCGUGUUCAAGGAACUAUAUAUCAAUCAAAAUUACAAAUAGUGAUUGGUGAUAUAUUAAAAUCAGAUCUACCUUUUUUUGAUUUGUGUGUCGCUAACAUUCCAUAUCAGAUAUCAUCACCAUUGGUAUUCAAAUUACUUACACAUAGACCACUUUUCAGAUAUGCUGUGCUUAUGUUUCAAAGAGAAUUUGCAGAACGUUUGGUAGCUAAACCUGGUGAUAAAUUAUACUGUCGCUUAAGUAUUAAUACGCAAUUGUUGGCGCGAGUAGAUAUGUUGAUGAAAGUUGGAAAGAAUAAUUUUAGACCUCCACCCAAAGUUGAAUCAAACGUAGUGAGAAUUGAACCAAGAAAUCCGCCGCCUCUGAUUAAUUAUCAAGAAUGGGAUGGUUUGAUACGAAUAGCAUUUAACAGAAAAAAUAAAACAUUAUCUGCAGCCUUCAAGCAAACUACGGUUGUCACUAUGUUAGAGAAAAAUUAUAAAAUUCAUUCUAGUUUGAACAACAAAAUUGUACCAGAUGAUUUUGAUAUCAAGCAAUUGAUAAACUAUGUAUUAGAAAAAGCAAAUGCUGAAAAUAAACGAGCUAGAACUAUGGAUAUAGAUGACUUUAUCAGCCUUUUACAUGCAUUCAAUGCUGAAGGUAUGCAUUUUACAUAAAUUAUGAAUUAGGACACUAUGAAUUAAAAUUAUUCAUAAAUAUAUGUAUAUAACUUAAAAUAAUAUAUAAAUAAACAAGCUUUUGUGUAAGAAAAUGAUUCUGAUGUGUUUUAAGAUGUAUUUGUUUUUAAAAUUAUACUUAUUUUUUACAUUAUAUAAGGUAAUUCUUAUAGUAACCAAUUUAUAUCACUGGAA